AUGGGCACGAUGUUCGCCUGGAACGAUGUUCGCCAAAGCACUAUCACGAAGUGCUUUCAGAAGACUGGUUUGUAUCCACGUGAUGAACCAAUCGAGGACUACCCCUUUGAAGGAGAGGAAAUUGCCAACCUGAAAACUAUAAUGGAUCGGAUAUAUGCUAAAUGCUCUGUGGAGGAGUAUGUUUCCUGUGAUGAUGAUACCGCAAUCUCCGCCGGCCUGAUCGAUCCAUCUAACCCAAAUUGGAGGGAGGAGGUCAGAAGUGAGUUGCUAGAUGAUGAUCUGGACGUUCAAUUCGUUUCAGAAGACACCUCAAUUGAAGACGACUACGACAAGGAAUUAGAAGAAUUAGAACCUAGCUGUAGGAAAGGCAAAUGA